AUGGGCUGCCUCAACACCAAAGCUGGAAAUGUCAAGCCAAAGGCAGCGCCUGAUUCCAACGGAAAGAUCGAUCCCAACUGUAACGGACAGUUCUCUAAUAUUGCUCAGCCUCACAACGAGGCGCUGGGGCUUUCACAGAGGCAGGUGUUCUCAAUGAAGCAAUCCUGGAAGGGGAUCAAGAGGAGAAUGGAGGAGACAGGAGUGGAGAUGUUUGUCAGACUCUUCCACGUGGACGAGACUCUGCAGACAAUGUUUCAUAAAUUCAAAGACAUCCGGAACGAUGAAGAGCUGAGAUCCAACGAGGCUCUGGAGUACCAUGCAACACUGGUGAUGACCACGCUAGAUGACGCUAUCGUUCACAUCGACAACUUUGAAUAUGUACAGCAGUUGUUGCACCGAGUUGGUGCAUCACAUGUCAAGUUCCAGGGAUUCAGACCGGAAACAUUUUAUAAAAUGAGAGAACCAUUUCUGGAAGCAGUGAAAGUGACGCUGGGCGACAGAUACACCGAGAACAUUCAGAGCGUAUACAUCGUUGCAAUCAGUUUCAUCCUAAAUACGAUGGUAGAGGGUCUCAGUCAAGCUAUAGGUGGAACUGGUUCAGGUUCCGGCAGUGACGUAAUGCUUCAAUCGUAA